AUGCUUAUUGAAGAUGAAGACAAUAGUAGUCAUCUUCAGCAUUUUGAUUAUCAUAGCCCUGGCCCUGCUUAUUUACUUCGUCAUUUAGGGAUCGGUGGGGAAUAUGGGCGGAGAAAGGGAAUAUGCGCUAAGGGGUGCGAUGAGGCGGCGGAGAAAAGGAAGAAAAGCGAGGUGGAACCCCCAAUUUGCAACAAUGACAGGGAGGUGGUAAACCAUGGGCGGGAAGGGAAUGAGGAAAAGUUCAAGUCGAUACUUCCUCAAGGGGGGGAGAGAAAAAACCAUGUCGAUAUAAGCGGUAGGAGCGGUAGCAGCGACGGAUGUGGUAGACGAAGUGGUAGCAGAAGUGAUCGCCGAAGAGGCGACACCCUGGAGGUGAACCAGCUGGACCUGAUAUUUCACGAAUCGGUGAAGGCCGUUUAUGAAGGCACCAAUGCGCAGGUGGAGAUUCCUACAAUAACACGCGGUAAGAGGAAGGGGGGCGCGCCGUGCCCCCUGCGAGAGAAGGACUCAGCGACGGAAAAACACUCUGACGAUGUCGACCCGGACAAGAUUCAUAUCAAGGAGAUGACUAAUCAGGUGAAUUUUCCACAAAAAAUUGAAAACGUAAAAAUCUUUUUGAAGGAGCGCCUCGAAAAUGUGAACCAAAGGAAUAAGCAGCUCUUUGUGCAGAGUAUGAGCAACAUCAGUGAGACAUUGAAUUAUAACUUCUUGUGCAUAUGCCAGAAUGGGGGCGAGUUGGACCCUGCUUCGUUCGCCUGGCAUGAUUCGUUUCUGGGGCAUGCGGUGGGGGGGGCAGCCACAGUCGGAAGAGCAGCCACACUGGGAGGCACCCCGAAUGUGGCAGAAAGGGACGGAAACGAGGGAGAGAGAGACCAAUGGAAGGAACUCCCAUCAUCGCCAUCCUCAUGCCCCCCCAAUAUUUAUAAGAAGCUGAAAAAUAUCCGAUGUGUAGAAGAACCAGGGCAUACGUACAAAUAUGUGUACCCACCAAAGUAUAAGCCAGACCUCACAAAGGAAGUGACCGUGCCUAAGGGAAGCAUUCUCUUUAACUCGAAAUUCGAAAGCGCAAACUUGAAGUACGUCUUGAAGCAAAAGAACAGAGAAGUCUAUUCUAUAUUCUUAAAUCACGACGUAAGAUCGAAUGAGAAGAAGAACCAGUGGUUCUACUUCAGCGCAAGUUAUGUCCCCGGAGUCUAUUAUCAGAGUGACUACUUCGAGGAGAGAAAGAGAAAAAACGAACCGAGCUGCAUAAAUAGAAUUAUUAAUGAAAUUGGCGGAGAUGUGCAUCUCAACAACAACGAAGGUGUCAAAGCUUCUUUCGAUUCUUCCGAUUUCUUUCUCGUCAGCAAUGUCAAGAAAUUGCAGAGGCCCUUUUCUGUUCAAUUCAAAAUCGAAAAUAUGUCUAGGCCUUAUUUUCUCUACAAAGAAGGACACUCUCCUUUGGUUUUCUCCCAGUGUAGAAGCAUGAAGGAGAAUGUGCACUGGGAGAGAGCAGCCUACAAUGUUACCUACACGAGAAAUGACAACCCCAGACAUUUCAAUUUAAAGACAAAUGCAUUUGAGAAGCUAUUCUAUUGCACGUACACACUUGAAUUUUCCUACGAUUUUGUGUACCCCUACGACACAGUUUAUUUCGCUAGCUCCCUUCCAUAUUCCUACUCCUACCUUUUGCGCUACCUUGGCCUACUGAAGACUUAUGUGCACAGUGUCCAGGAGAGGGAGAAAAAAAUUAACUACGUGCAGGGCACCUUGUGCACGACGGCUUGUGGGUUCCCCUGCACCGUUGUAGCCAUAACGAAUUAUGACAGGGGGGGGGAAGCAAAAACGGAAGCCAAGAGGGAAGCAAAAACGGAAGUGAACACCGAAGCGGCUCCUACUGGGAAGAACUACGUAGGGUCAACUAACAUUGAAGGGUCGCAUCGGAAGAAGAUUCCCGGGGAAGCAGAUCAAGCGAAGCAGCUGCAUUCUGUUGGGAGCAUCAGGGUGCCCAUCGGGGGGAAUCCCACCCUGCUAGAUGUCGCGAAGGAAACCCCGUGCCAGUCCUGCGAGGGGCACACAUAUAUUGACGACGCGAGGUGCAUGUACAAUUUGUGCCAUCCCAGGUGGACAGGUGAUGGAAAGGAAGGAGAUGACAACCUGAGGGAGAGGAGCCCCCGAAAAUGUUCUGACGCGUUCAUGCGCCAGUUUGAGCGCCUUCUGGAGAGGCAUUCCAUGCAUCCGGUAAAUCACGAUGGAGGGAAGAGCCAGCGCUGGUCGGCGACGUCCCCUUCUUUAAGUGGCUCUUCUACCCAUGUGGUGAAUUCUCCCCCUGUGAACGCCUCCCCCCAGAGGAUGGGGAAGCAACCGCCUGAGAGGGAAGCACCAAGCCAGCCCCGACGCGAAGGGAAGAAAAUCAUUUUUCUAACCGCACGAGUCCACCCUGGGGAAACGAACGCCAGCUACGUCAUGCAUGGUUUCCUCGCGUUUAUCACGUCGGAAAAUGCAUACGCCGAUUCGCUUCGCGAUAACUUCAUUUUUAUUGUCAUACCGAUGUUAAACAUCGACGGAGUGAUUCUGGGACACAACAGACUCUGCUCAAAUGGCUUCGACCUGAAUAGACAGUGGAAUAGGCCAAUUUAUUAUCUGCACCAAACGGUGCACACAGCUAAGACGCUCAUAAGAAGAAUUCACAGGAAUGGAAGAAUUGUCUUCUUCUGUGAUUUCCAUGGGCACUCAAGAAAGUAUAAUUGUUUCCUAUUUGGCAACUCAGAUAGUCGAGCUCAUCUAAGGGGUAGGAAGAAGUUGGCUGAGAUUUUUCCGGAAGUUCUGGGAGCAUCCCUUCCCUGGUUCUCCCUGGAGGAUACAAAAUUUAAGAGUGACAUUACAAACAGGGGCGUAGCAAGGCAUGUAUGUGGAAGCGAGUUCGCUAUAGACUGCAGUUACACGUUUGAAGUGUCCCUCAUAGGGGUCAAAAUGAGAAGAAGCUCCAAUGGGGUGCUCCCCGAGUGGGGACGCACUAACGAGGAAGAGGAUCAUUCUCAUCAGGCAGGCGAACCGAUUGACACCGUUGACGCGGUUGAAGCGAUUGAAGCAGAAGGAGGUCACACCUGUGACGAUAAAGACAAAUACAACUUCUUCUUUUACGACGAGAAUGUCUUGAUGCUGACAGGAAUCAGUUUUGGAAUAAGUCUGUUCAAAUUCUUUAAUUUUGUGUCCCACCAUAAGGCAUCCAUAUCAGAGGGAGGAAAACUCUUCCAGGAGGACGAGGAGCAGCAGCAGAAGGGGACGAAGCAGAUGGAGCAGAACAAGAUGGUGAACCAAAAUGGAAGCUCAGAUAUGCCCCCUUCACGUUUUAAAGCUAACAGGAGGAUGCAGAUCCGUGGCCAGUUAGCAUGUCAUAGGAGUAAUAUGAACAUGUCAGAAAGGAAGAAGAAAGGCGAAAUUGUGAAGAAGGCAAAUUUGAGGGGGGUCCUACCAUUGGGACGUGUCGCGGUGGAACCUACAUUAGAAGUAAAGAAUGACCCGGUGCAACCCACUGCAUGUGUGAAGGGACACCCUGCUGGGGGAGGCCCUUUGGAAGGUGGUUGUCGCAGUAGUAAGGCCUCUGAGGUGAAGGGGGACGAAGAGACGUCAUCAUCAUCCCGCAAAGGUAAAUCCACGUCGCGUUAUGCAGGGAGCUGUGGCAGCGGAAGCGGCAACUGUAACGGACGUGGCGGAGAAGGCGAGUGGCAGCUCCAAAAGGGCGUGGCCAAAAGUGAUGCGAGCGCGGGGAAGGACCAGCGAGCUGUCAAAGAGAAGGGUCUAUCCAACCGGAGGAAAGAUGGAAAAGUGAAAACAACAAAUGACGUAAAAGAAAGUCACGUGCAGGAAGAACCCAAGGGGAAGCCUAACAACAGAGGACCUAUUAGGAAGGUACCAACGUGCUCCAUGAAGAAGAAGCAUUGGAUGAAACUGCUCCCAAAUAGGAACCCUUUUUUUUGUUUACUAAAGGGGAAAGGAUCUGCCGGCUCAAAUGGUAGGCAGAGAUCAUCACUUGUGAAGGUGUGCCUCCCCGGGAAUGGCAACAGUGCAUCGAAGGAGGAGCGGCAUGGCAAGUUAUCCACUCCAGCGAAUCGCAUAAGUAGACCUAGAAUAAGGAACCCCUGCGUAGAGGAGGACGUGGAGGUGGAACUAUGUGAAGAAUUACAGCCCGGUGGGAAGAAGAAGCCUCACGGUUACAACCCCAAAUUUGGAGGAAAAAAACGAUCUGGAGGAGGACACCCCACUGGGAAGUUUUCUCGUCAGAAGAAGAGACCACUUCCGAUUACCAGGAGAAAGCUCGUGAUGAUUAAGAAAGUGAAAUCCGUGAAGGGGAGAAAAGAAAAUAGCCCCCAAGCGAAGGAAAAAGAAAAGGGGGAAAAAAACCUCGAUUUCUGUUUCAACCAUGGAGGAGUAAAAGGGGAGUAUUUGAUUUGCUUAAAAAGGAAAAGAUUGAAGGGCGGGUUAGGACUAAUAAAGUUACUCAGACGGAAAGUAAGGCCAUCGGGAGUGGCGCGCGCGUCAGACAGCGUAGUGGGAGAAGCGCCACCAUUUCGUGGAAGACGCCCUACCAAUGGAGAAACGAAGAGAAAAAGAAAAAGAAGAAGAAAAAAAAAAAAUGUCCCAGGAAAAGGCGUAUCAAUGAGCACCCUUGCGAAUGAGAAGAGAGAUGGGUAA